AUGGUUUUGAGGACGGUACUAUAUUCGGUGUGAAGAUUUGCUACCAUGGACCUCUUCUGUCAAGCCAAACAUAUAUCCAAGGCCUAUGCUUCAGAAUCUUGAUGUCUGACGUUGUCAGUUAAACAAGUCAUGAGUCACAGGAUGUUGGUCCUUCUAAAAGAAAAACUAGGCUCUACAUGAACCGGUAACAGCACAAAUGGCAGGUGAUUUUUUAAUUUCUCUUCAACUACCACACAGUUAUGAAAUAUCAGAAGAAAUGUCAUAGAAUUUCCACAUCAGUCAGUAAAAUCAGGUCAUCAAUUUUCUCAUUAUUAGGGGCGUUUGAAUGUCUCCGCAGGGGUCUGACAUAUAAGAUGAAGAAUAAGAGGUAGGCACCCUAGCACAAUUCUAGGCCCAGCCGAACAGUCAAGGCACCCAUGCAUUACCUUGCCUAACUAGUUGUGGAUGAUUCUCUUUCUUUUUAACACAACCUGAUCAUUUGUAAAUUUGAUGACAUGCCCAUAAACACUUCUCGAAUUAUAUCCUCAAAUUAUAUGCACUAAGAAAUACUACAAUGAUACAAUUUAAUACAUGUAAAACUUGUUAAGGUGAUUUAAGUACAGUACAUGUAAGUAAACCUCUCAGCUAUAAAGCUGUGCCAACAAAUGCCGUCUUAAUAACAUGCAAGGAAAUCUUACAGUAUAUAAAGCUAAUGGCACACAGUCACAAGGGAUGAAACUUUUGGGAGAAUGUUGGUAUAGUUGUGCAACAAUAGGUUUUUAAUUGACAUGUGUUAUAGCAUAUACUGGUAUUAAGUAACAUGUACUGCUAAUUUAAAACUUUUACUUACGUAUGUGAAACAGCGCUUACUUUUCCUUCAGAUAGAGAGGAUGAUUUUGUAUCACAGGCCCUCUGGUGUGGAAUGUUAUCACAUUUCGUUGACAUGUGUCAUGGAACAAUUUCACGGUAAUCUCAUGUAGUGUGAAAGAAACCCAUUGAGAUGGCAACAAGUAAAGACAGUGAUUUGGAGACUGGAUUUGACUACAAAACUCCAUUGCAGUUGUUCUCAGAGAAGAAAUACGUGAAAAUCUGUGCUCCUAUGGUCCGAUACUCUAACUGUCUUUUCAGAUUACCAUUCCGAAUGCUAGUCAGGAAGUAUGACUGUGAUCUGGCAUUUACACCAAUGAUCAUAUCCAACAGCUUUGUUCGUUCUAUAAAAGCAAGAGACAGUGACUUUACAACAUGUAAAGAGGACAGGCCAUUAAUCGUUCAGUUUGCUGCAAAUAAUAGUCAGGAUUUUGCUGAUGCAGCAGAAAUAGUGUCUCCGUUUGCUGAUGGAGUGGAUUUGAAUUGUGGGUGUCCUCAGAGGUGGGCCAUGGGGGAAGGUUAUGGUGCCUGUUUAAUAUCAAAGCCAGAGUUAGUCCAAGAUGUGGUGCGACAAGCACGUAACCGUGUUAACCAGCAACAUUUUACUGUCUCCAUUAAAAUAAGGAUUCACGAGGACAUUAGACGGACAGUGGAUUUCUGUCAGAAAGCUGAACAUGCUGGAGCAUCUUGGGUAACUGUCCAUGGAAGAACUGCAAAGCAGAGACGACAGCCAGUAAAUCAAGAGGCUGUAAGAAUAAUUAAAGACAGUGUUGGAAUUCCAGUGGUUUCUAAUGGAGAUAUAAAGCAACUGGACGAUUGUUACACAGUAUACGAGAAGACGCAUGCUGACGGUUUCAUGGCAGCAAAUGGUUUAUUGGAAAAUCCAGCAAUGUUUGCCGGAUUCAGAGAAACUCCAAAGGAAUGUGUUAAAAAAUGGAUUGAUUUGUCACUGUCACUUGGGACCUCUUUCCAGUGUUUUCACCACCACCUGAUGUUUAUGCUGGAGAAAGUGAUGGGGCGUCCAGAAAGGAGGAUUUUCAACAUGCUAGGCAGCACCUCGGCUGUGCUGGCUUUUCUCAGGGAUAACUAUGACUUGUGAUUGUUGCUGCUAGUGCAUUUGUACAAAUUAUUAGUAUCAUGUGUAUGUUAAAAAGAUCUCUAUUUUUUGAGGGGAAAGAGGUGUGGAAGCUCAUUUCAGAGCAAGCAUGUGUAUAUGUUACACAUUUUCCAUGGAUAUAACAAGUUUAUGGUAUUGCUUCCUUGAGAAAAAUUUCUACAAAAUAUCAUAUCUAAGUGUGUGGAUAUAUGCUCGUGUAAAUAUGGCAGCAGUGAAUGUGUGUGAAUAUUUUGAUUCGUUAAAUGUGUGUUAUUCUGUUUACAUGUAUUGCUAUAUAUUUCAUAAAAAUAUUAUCAUGGAAUACAGUUUGAUCUACAGAUUAGUGGCCAGUCUGUCGGUGCUGGGAACCAUAAUAUAUUGAUAAACGUUAUUGUUGAGAUUACGUGCAUAUGUGACAUGUUAUUGUUAUUACAUCUGAUAUUCUUUUAAUGUCUCAAUUCUUAAAUUCUAGAUGGUUCCAUUGUU